AUGGCAUGCUUAGUUGAGCAUGAACAGAUGAUAAAGCGAGAACAUCCAUCACAUUUGUAUGCCAAUAAACACCGUGAAUUGUUUCCACAAUGGUUUUUGGAAUAUGUGAAUAAAUUGAAAUCAUCGAAUUCCCCCACUUACAGUGAAGAGUUAUAUAACUUGGCAUUCGGGCCGAUUCGCGCUAAAUUGUUCUCGGGUUGCCAUGUUAACGGCGUCAAGUUUUUGGGGACUGCACGAGAUGAAAAGUUGUGUACGCAAAACAGCGGUGUCCAUGUCCCAGGUGGAAACAAAAAUUGA